AUGAUGGAAUUAUUGGUAUUGCCGGUAUUAGACAUUAUCGAAGAUGACGAUGUUGAAAUUGUUGAGUUUUUAAAUUAUCAAAGACAUACGUACACAAUUCGUGUACGAAUUAACCAUAUGGAGUUUUGGGAUGAUCAAGACUUUAAAGUUAGAUUUAGAAUCUCCAAAGAAGUAGUUAUUGAAGUUUUAGGAUAUAUAAAUGAGCAAAUAUCUUCACAAUCAUAUAGAAAUCAUGCCGUAACAUCCAUAAACAAACUGCUUUUAACUCUACGAUUUUAUGCUACUGGAAAUUUUCUAAUAACUGCUGGAGAUUUUUUGGGAGUAAGCAAAACUACAUCAUCAUUAAUUGUUCGUCAUGUCAGUGUUGCAUUAGCAAGACUGCUGCCACGGUUCAUAAAAAUGCCAGACACAGAAUUAGAAAUAAAUACAUUACAGAACCGUUUUUAUGAUAUCGCUAAAUUUCCUAGAGGUAUUGGUGCUAUUGAUUGCACUCAUCUUUAG